GGUGGGAGUUCAAUGGCCAAACUGUCCUACACUGAACCUAUUUUGCUUGCAUACACAAACACACACAUGACAAUCAGUAAUCUGGAGCCUCCGGCAAGAGCCAGACAGUCCAGUUUUGGAGAACAAGUAGGCGAUCAGCAGGAUGUCUGGAGCGUUUGGCGAGCUCACUCAGACGCCUUUGCAGAAAGUAUGGAUUCCCCGCACCAGCAAACGCCUGCAGCAACGCAGGGGAUCCUCCGUGCCACAGUUCACCAAUUCACCAACAAUGGUGAUCAUGGUGGGUUUGCCCGCUCGAGGAAAAACCUACAUCUCCAAAAAACUCACCCGCUACCUCAACUGGAUCGGAACCCCCACUAAAGUGUUCAACGUUGGGCAGUAUCGCCGUGAAGCCGUCCAGACCUACAAGAAUUACGAGUUUUUCAGACCAGACAACGAAGAGGCCAUGCAGAUCCGGAGACAGUGUGCAUUAGCCGCUCUUCGGGACGUCCAAACCUAUCUGAGUGUGGAAGAGGGACAAGUUGCGGUUUUUGAUGCCACCAACACCACACGGGAACGGCGGACCCUCAUCCUGCAGUUUGCCAAGGAGAACGGCUACAAAGUCUUCUUCAUUGAAUCUAUCUGCGAUGACCCUGAUAUCAUCCAGGAGAAUAUCAAGCAAGUGAAGCUGACCAGCCCUGACUAUAAGGACUGCAACCGAGAUGAAGUGGUGGAGGAUUUUCUCAAGCGGAUCGAGUGCUACCAGAAAACCUACCAGCCACUCGAUGACGACUUGGACAGGUCCCUGUCCUACAUCAAAAUCUUCAAUGUUGGCAGUCGGUACCUGGUGAACCGGGUUCAGGACCAUGUACAGAGCCGCACAGUCUAUUACCUGAUGAAUAUCCACGUGACGCCCCGCUCCAUCUACCUCAGUCGGCAUGGGGAGAGUGAGCUCAAUCUGCGGGGCCGCAUUGGGGGCGACUCUGGACUGUCUGAGCGCGGCACACAGUAUGCCUGUGCCUUGGCUGGCUUCAUCCGCUCCCAGUGCAUCCGUGACCUCAAAGUAUGGACGAGCCACAUGAAGCGCACAAUCCAGACGGCAGAAGCGCUGCAUGUGCCCUACGAGCAGUGGAAAGCCCUGAACGAGAUCGACGCGGGUGUCUGUGAGGAGAUGACCUACGAAGAGAUCCAGGACCACUUCCCAGAAGAGUUUGCCCUACGAGACCAGGACAAAUAUCGGUACCGCUAUCCUAAGGGAGAGUCUUACGAGGAUCUGGUGCAGCGCUUGGAGCCUGUCAUAAUGGAGUUGGAGAGACAAGAGAACGUGCUGGUUAUCUGCCAUCAAGCGGUCAUGCGCUGCCUGCUUGCCUACUUCUUGGACAAGAGUGCAGAAGAGCUGCCUUACCUCAAGUGCCCGCUGCACACCGUUCUCAAGCUCACACCCGUGGCCUAUGGUUGCGAGGUGGAAUCGAUUUUCCUCAACAUUGAGGCUGUGAAUACACACCGGGAACGGCCACAGCAUCUUUCCUACAAAGCUAGCCAGGCCCCCUUGUACCGGCACCACCACAAUGUGCCAAUGGCCAGCCCUCAGCCAACCAAACAACCCUGCUGGAGUGAUCUGGGGCGGUCCCCUACCCCUUGCCUGUUUGGCCCUCAGAAUGUGGAUGUAGCAAGAAAUCCUGAGGAAGCACUAGGCACAGUGCCAGAUCAUUAUUAACCGUGCUGCUUAUUAAGAGAAUCCUACCUUCCAUUCUGCUGGCCCUCAUCCAGGCCGCACAGUGCCACCCAGAGAAAUAGUGGUGGGUGCAGGAGUUCUGGACCAUUUUGCCUGCACACUGCCUUAUGAGUGAGGGGGCCUCUUGAAGAGCAAUUACCGUUCACUAAGAAAGAAAAAGGCUGUAAACAAACAAUGGGGUGGGUGGGGAGGGGAUGAAAACAGGCC